AUGGAUGCCCCGAAAAUCCCUAGAAAGAACGCCACAGGCCCUCUGACCUCCAAUUCGCCCUCUCCCUUCCAGCAUGCCCAUUCCUCCAUGAUGGAAGAGGAUCGCUCUCGUCGAGCUGCCAGUGUACUAUCUAUGGAUGAUAUCGAGGCCGCGCAGGCCUUGGAGGGACUGCGUUCCGACUUCGGCCAGUCUCCUCGAGCAUCACGACAAUCCCUUCCCAUCGCUUCACCGGACCCACCACCGCCAGAGCCACUACUGUCGCUACUGACAUCCUCUCAUCCCCUUAUAUCCUCUGCGAUUAACGGCUCCGUGUCUGCGUACGCAACGUCGAAGUCGUACUCGCCGCGUUUCAAGUCCGGCGCCGAAUUUAUUGAGCGGAAUAUCGGCUCGCCUGUCGCAAAUACUGUCGGCACAGUUGGUCGCAAGACUGGUGUAGAGAGUGGUCUUCGUUGGGCACUGCAGCGACGAGAUUCUACAAACUCGGACUCCAAUCACGCCAAGAAACGGCGCAAGAUGGAUGGAAAUGUGUCGCCUAGAACGGUGGAUGUUGAGAAAGGACAGGACGGCGCAACGCAACCAUCACGACCACGGAGUUCUUCAGACUUGUCUAUGUCCGAGUCACUACCCCCGUAUGAUGAGAUGAGGUCGCCGCACUAUGAAGAAAAGCAAGGGCGGCGCGCUUCGCCGACAUGGCAGAGCCGACUAGUCAUUUCAACAUCAGGCCUCGGUGUUGCUAUGAGCGACGAAUCGCUGCGCAGCCUACAAUAUUGUCUGACCUGGCUUCGGUGGGCUAACGGACGGCUCGGCAAGGCGAUCAUAGCUCUGCAGAGUGCCGUGACCGAGUGGGAAAAUCAAAAAGCCCAGCAGCAGGGCCAGUCUCAAUCGGACGUCGAGGCCGGAGGUAGUCGCCAGGAGAAUGCCUCCCUCUUGAUCCAGCGCAUCCAAGCUGUCAAGGCAGAUGUCCUUUCGACACUCAAGCAGGUGGUUGACGUGGUGUCCAAGUAUGCAGGCGGUGCCCUGCCAGAGAACGCCCGCCAUCUGGUGCGUCGACACCUAACCUCUUUGCCGCACCGCUUCCAAGUUGCCUCCACCUCGCAGCCACCACCGGAUUCUCCGGCUGCAUCCUCCGAUGCAACAGUCAGCGCUCACCGUAUCCUUGUUCUGGCCCAAGAGGGUCUCGACAUGAUGGCCCAAGUCAGUGGUGUCGUCAAUGAUACAUUGGUCAGUGCUGAGCACUGGUGCGAGCGCCUGGGCCGGAAACGACCCGAAAACAGAGCUGCAUCCGACAUGCCAGAGAAGCAGGGUGAAUCUGCUGCUACUCCUGAUGCUCAAUCUUACGGCAUGGAUAUCAAACAGCCUGUCCUUCCGGAGACUGCUCAUCAAGAGGAUGUUCAGAUGUCUGGCAUGGAGAAGGCUUAG